AUACAGCAUUUGCAUCAUUGACCGACUUACAGACGUUCACCUUGUGUAUCAGCAAUGGAUCGCGUAAAGCCCCGCCAUUCUUCUUCGAAGACACGUUUAAUUGGUUGAUGAAGCGACCUAUUCUCGAGCUGCACCUGACCUACUCCAAGUUCACAGUCCCAUAUUUUUCGUAUCUCUCUCGGUUUCGGAAUAUUCACAAGUUCUCUCUCACUGGCGACAGUAAUCACUUCGCACCGACAAUCGAGAAGACUCUUGCGCGCGUACUUGCAAAUAAUCAUUGCUUGUCCCAUCUCUUCCUACAUUUGGUGGCUCGAUGGGAAAGCACCCUAGGAGUCUCUGGUAUAGAGCGUGUUUUCCCUAUGAAAUCGACCAAAAAUGUAGCGCUUCGUCAUUUCUCGUUGCGGGAAGGCAGUAUCAUCGCAGCUCCUCAUAUUUUCCAUCACCUACGCGGCCUCAAGUCACUCGAGAUAUCCCACAUCGAUCUCUACCAUGAGUCUGCAGGAUUCUGGACAGAACUCGCUCAACAGGAGAUACACAUACCCUCCAUUACCCUGAGGACCCAAAGUGUGCCUUCCGCAGUUAUUGACUAUCUCAUCUCGAACGAGGGAAUGACCGAGUUGAUGUUUGAAGUAGAGAGUAAUAUUGGAAACACUGCGAAGCGAGUGUUGGGUGAGGUGGUGCCGCGUCAUUCCGGAACUCUGGAGGUUCUUCAGCUGACAUCGUGCUGGGGCCGCCAUUGGAUUUUGGACUCUCAGCUCGAGUAUAUGAUAGGUGUGUCCCAAUGUACAAAGCUACGCGUUUUGGGAACCGUGGUGGAAGGAAAAGACUUUAUGGUAUGUAACAUCCCAUUGUCAUAUGCAAUUCUUAUCCUUUUAUUUUGAUAGGAUGGAGUUUUGCUCUUGUUGAAAGCCCUACCAAGUCUUCAAACCCUGCGGCUGGUCGCUCACACGAACGAUUUUGCCCAGGUCGUCAAGCAGAUUGAGUG